AUGGGGGUGUUCCGACUUCCCAAGAAAAAUAUCCAUGAGCUUCAAGGAAUGACUGCUAGAUUCUGGUGGGGUUCUUCAAAGAAAAAAAAGAAAACUCAUUGGGGAGCUUGGAGUAAACUUUGUCUUCCUAAGGAGAAAGGGGGUUUGGGGUUCAAAGACUUAGAGCUUUUUAAUAAAGCCUUGCUAGCCAAGCAAGUGUGGCGGGUUGUUAGAAAUCCUAUGUCCCUUGUUGGAAAGGUGUUGAAGAGCAGCUAUCUCUCCAAAUCCUCUAUGUUGGAUGCUAAAAAAGGUUCGUGUUCAUCUGCAGUUUGGAGGGGUUUGCUUUGGGGUAGAGAGAUUGUGGAAGCAGGCUCUUGGUGGAGAGUUGGUUCAGGGGAAAACAUUGAUAUUAUAAAAGAUAGGUAG